AUGUGUCAGAAUUAUUCAUUGCGAAGAUUCUGCGAGGAGUGGCGUAUCUGGAUACGACCUUUACUUAUUAUAACCUAUGGCAUAUUUGCGAUAAUCGUAGUGCCUCUGCUCAUUAUCAAUUCCGUCAAGGAUGGUUUUCAGCGUCGUGAUCAAUUGAUAUUAAUUGGUGGCUUAUUUGUUUUAUCAGCAGUGCCCAUAUCAAUUUGGCAUAUUAUUCAGCAUGUUGUACACUUUACAAAACCCAUUUUACAAAAACACAUCAUACGCAUAUUGUGGAUGGUGCCCAUAUAUGCCUUAAAUGCUUGGAUUGGUUUAUUCUUUCCGAAACAUUCAAUCUAUGCCGAUUCGUUACGUGAGUGCUAUGAGGCCUAUGUGAUUUAUAAUUUUAUGGUCUAUUUAUUAAAUUAUUUAAAUUUGGGCAUGGAUUUGGAAGCGACCAUGAUGUAUAGAUCCCAAGUACAUCAUUUCUUUCCUAUGUGUUGCAUUCGUCCCUGGACCAUGGGUCGAGAAUUUAUACAUAAUUGUAAACAUGGUAUUUUACAAUAUACUGUGGUGCGGCCAAUAACUACAUUCAUAGCGGUUAUUUGCGAAUUAUGCGGUGUCUAUGGAGAAGGUACUUUUGCCGGAAAUGUAGCAUUUCCCUAUAUAGUUGUUAUCAACAAUAUCUCACAAUUCGUAGCCAUGUAUUGUCUCGUUUUGUUUUAUAAAGCCAACAAGGAGGAUUUAAAACCCAUGAAACCUAUACCAAAAUUCUUGUGCAUUAAAGCGGUAGUUUUCUUUUCAUUUUUCCAAGGAGUGUUAUUAAACGUUUUAGUUUAUUAUAAAAUAAUAAAAAUCUUUGAAGCAGAUGAUUUGGGUGAGGAUGCCAAUUUGGCCUCAAUGUUGCAAAAUUUCAUUAUUUGCAUUGAAAUGUUUAUAGCAGCAGUGGCUCACAUUUAUAGUUUCCCUCACUAUCCAUUCCAUAUUAACUCUCAACAAUAUUGGAAUAAUCCAAAUCAUAACUGGUGUCGGGCUUUUCUAUCCAUGAUCGAUAUAUCCGAUAUACAAGAGGAUGUAUCCGAACAUUUAGGUGUUGUUACCGGCACCAUAAGUCGUCGAUUCCAAGGUCGCAGCGCUUAUCAGCCUUUAUCGCGUGGCACUAGACGUUCAAGCGGCGAGUACUUUAGACGCCUAGAUGGUGAGGACUCAAGCAGUAGUCAGCAACUGCUAGUUCCGGACACUGAUAGCAGUGAUAAAACAGGUAAUAAUAAGAAAAGAAAUCCAUAUCAAACGCAUUAUGCUAAACCGCUGGCCAAGGCCAAUCGCUAUGGAGCUACAGAUAGUCUUGUGCUACCCGUUUGUGAUGCUGCAAUAACCAAUGAUUCUCAAUCUCAAUCCCAAUUAGCAGGUAACCGUCCCACCACUUCCAAAGCUUCCAUAACAACUGCAACUGGCAACGAAACUAGUAGCAAUGCCGCCGCCAUCAUUGCUACCAACACUAACACUCAUCCCUCUGCUACCCACUCCAAUUUUGGCGGUAUUAGUAUACAAAAACGCGAUCCAACCGUUAGAGACUUUCCGACACAUUAUGGGGCGCCCGUGGCGGGUGGUACUAGUUUUCUGCAGGCUCGUAAUGUUACGACAACACACGCUCCCAGUCCCAUUCCAGAGUCCGUUGAUGAUUUUGCAUCAUUUAUCGGUUCCUCAAGAUGACAGCGUUAUGAUAGUAAUAGUCAAAAUUAUAAUCCAUCCGCUAGUGAAUCGAUUUCUAUAGGGUUUUCCAGUAGCCUUAAGUUGUCGACGGGUGGCAGCCUCAGUAACAACAGUAAUAAUUCAUCUGAUUGGUUAAGUUCGCCCGAUGGUGUGGGUCCAAAAUUAUUAUUAGAUGAUGAUGAUAAUAAUGAUGAUGAUGACGAUAAUGUUGGCGAUGAUAUUGACGUAGGGCCAACAUGUUCUACUAUGCAACAACAACAACAACUACAACUUAGCCACCCACAUACUGAAUCUAACGAAUACAUCACUUAAACUCACACAACAACAUCACCACUAACAAUCACGACAACUAAUACAAAAAAAAACACCAAACACAAUCUACAUUUUUUUUGUAAUUACAAACAAAAUAAUUAUUAAUGCUACCAAAUGAUAGAAACGAAAACAAAUCUACUUAAAUACAGACGUACAGAUCGGACGGGUGUAGACUUUAGGGAAAAAGAAAAACGAAAUACCCGAAAGCAAUUGUUAUUGUUUUUUUUUUAUUAAUCUUUGUAUUUUGUAACUUAAAUGUUUGUGUUUCUUUAGAAGUCUCUUGAUUAUCAACAAUUUACCAAUAUUAUCAUUGAUUAGUGAUAAUAAUGUGUCAAAAAAAUUUAUAGAUUUUAUGACCAAAUUCAAAGUUUAAUAUUCUUUAGAAAAUUGUUUAAAUUUAUGAAUAUUGCAAUUGGUUUCUUGGGAACAAACUCUGUUUUUAAGCCUGUUUUGGCUAAAAAUUCAUUGCAAUCAUCAUUCCAAUAUUCAAAUAUCAAAAUCCAUUUAAUUCUCUUAAAAGUUUCUCUUAUUUCUCUCCAUUUUAAGGGAAAAUUCCAAGUUUGAUAAGCUAUAGAUUUUGUCUUUCUUUAUUAAAAAAUUUUUCCAAAAUUAUCACGAGAAAUCAUCUAAAAUUAAUGAAAAAUUCCAAGUUUUAAAAAUGUAAAAAUUAUGUUCGAAAAACUACAUCUUUUAUUGAUAUGUUCGAAAUUACAAAUAUAUAUUCGAAAUUAUGAAUUAUAUUCUAAAAUAAUUAAGAGAUUAUGAUAAUUCCUAAAAAAUGUAUUAAGAAAAUUUUCAAAUUUAUAUUCAAAAAUUCAAACUUAUGUUCUAAAUAUUUUUAUUUUAUUGGAAAUUAAUUUUAUUGCGUUUUUUUUUUUAAAGAUAAUCUUAAAAUUUUCAUACAUUUUAAUAGUAUUUUCAAUGUAGUUUCAAAAUAUGCCAUUUUUAAGUUAUUUUCGAAAAUUCGAAGUUAUAAUCGAAUGAAAUUUAAAGCUGUUAAAAUGUUAUUCUAAUUAUCAAAUUCAAAAUUUUUAUUCAUUUUAAUAGUAUUUUCAAUGUAAUAUCAGAUUAUAACCCUGUUAUGACAUGUUCGAAAAUUCGAAAUUAUUUUCGAAAAAUUGUUAACAUAAUCUCUAAAUCCUUAGGAUGCAUGGAAAUAUUAUUUUAGUAUUAUUUGAAACCAAUUUUUUUACAUUUUUCAAUUUUGAACAUAAAAGUUUUCCAAAAAGAUUUCGAAAUAUUCAUGAAUUUUCAAUAUUAGUUUCAAAAAAUAAAAAUUUUAAGAUAUUCCCCCAUAUUCUGCAUUUCAAAUACGUUUCCGCAUUCAGUUAUGCAAUAUUCGAAAAUAAGUUCGAAAAUUCGAAGUUAUUUUCGAAAAAUUGUAAAGGCUGUUAAAAUAAUCUCUAAAUCCUUAGAAAGCAUAAAAAAUUAAUUUUAGUUUUUUUUGGAACAAAUUUUAUUACAUUUUCCAAGUUUCGAACAUUAAAAUGUUCAAAAUAUUCAUAAAUUUUUAAUAUUAGUUUCAAAAAAUAUGAAAUUUUUGAGACAUAUCUUUUCUGCAUUUCGAAUACGUUUUCGUAUUCAGAUAUGAUGAUCGAAAAAACAAGUUGGAAAAUUCGAAGUUAUUUUCGAAAAAUUGUUGAAGCUGCUAAAAUAAUCUCCAAAUCCUUAGGACGCAUGGAAAUUUAACUUUAGAUUUAUUUGGAACCUAAUUAAUUACAUUUUUCAAUUUCGAACAUAAAAAUUUUCAAAAAAUAUAUAAAUUUUUAAUAUUAGUUUCGAAAAGUAAACAUUUUAAGAUAUUCCCCAUAUUUUGUAUUUCUAUAACGUUUCCGAAUUCAGUUACGCAAUGAUCGAAAACAUUUUCGAAAAUUCGAAAGUUCUUAAAAUAAUCUCCAAAUCCUUGGGAAUCAUAAAAUAUAAUUUUAGUCUUAUUUGAAACUAAAUUUAUUACAUUUUUCAAAUUUCGAACAUAAAAAUUUUCAAGAAAAAAUUUAUAAAAUUCAUGAAUUCAUGAAUUGAAAAUUAAUUUUCAAUAUUACUAUCAAAAAUAAACAUUUGAAGAUAUUCUACCAUAAUCUGCAUUUCGAAUAUGUUUCCGUAUUCAGUUAAUUCGAAAUUAUUUGAAACUAAAUUUAUUACAUUUUCAAAUUUCGAACAUAAAAAUUUGUAAAAAAGUUUUUUUUUUUUUAAAAAAGAAGAAGCAUUACCACGCAUUACGGAUCGAAAUGCAGAACAUCAAAGUUGCCAAACGGAGAAAAUUUCGAUUCGAAUUGAUAAGCAGAAUAGGGCUGAUUAACUUGUAAUUUUUUGUUUUGGAAAAAUUUUCAUUGAAACAUUUUGAUAGCAUGCUGUUGUCUUUAUAAAAAAUUCGGUACUUGCCAGAACCAAUAUUCAGAUUUUAAACAUUAACCGAAAGCGUAUAUUCAUCAAAAGUAUUUUUAGAAAAACUACUAUUGAAUAUAACGGUCUAAAUCUAUGUAUUUGGAAGCAGUACUUUUUUAAAAAGUACUUAUUUACUUUUUAUAUAAAAAAAACAAACAUUUAAGUUACAAAAUAUACAAGUAAACCCCUUUUUUACCUUUAUAGUAUAUUAUCACUUUGUUUAUAACUUAAUUUUUGCUUUAAUGUUUAACUUAAGAACUGCAAUUAAUUACAAAAUUAUAAUUUAUUUUUUUAAUUUUUGGGGAUUUUAUGUGGUUUUUAUGAUAUUGUUUUAACUACUUUUUUUAAAAAAGCAUCUGUUUUAAUUUAAAAACAAUUUCAGUUUAAUAUAAAUUGUUUGAUUUGAUUUUAUUAAACUAACCAAAGUAGUUUUAAGAAAGCAAGACUUAUUUUUUAUAUAUAAAAUAAAUUAUGUGUAGGUAUUUAUAUAAAGAAACAAAAACUGUAAUUAUAAAUUAAAAAAACUGCAAGUGGCCUUUGUUUAAAAACUAUUAAUAAUUCAAUUUCUAACAAGCUAACAUUAAAAUUCUCAUUCAAAACAAGAAAAGAAAAAAACUAAAAGUUUCAUAAAUAAAAAAAAACUGUCUUUAAGACAAAAGUGAUUUUCAGCGGCUUUAAGCUAAACAAUCAAACAUUUAUACAAAAUUUAUUAAUAAUAAUUUUUGUAUUUUAACAGAUGCAUUUUCAAAUAUUGCUUUAGGAAAACUUUAAAGUAAAAGAACAGUUAGUAAAACAAAGCAAUACAAUAACUACUUAAUUUCUUCACACUCUCCUUUUUGUAUUGUAUGUGUAAGAGAAAACAAUGAUAACAUUUUGAAAUCACUUCUAUUAACUGGUGUUUUUAAAGAAAAACAAAAAAACUUAACAAGAAUUAUGUUUUGAAUUGUUUAUAGAGUCGUGUAUAU